AUGUGCCAAAACAAGGAGCCUGCGCAAUGCCACAGGCGAACGAUAGCAACCGAUGGACAGCUCUAUGAGUACGUCGACGACGUCGAACGAUUAGAGGAAUACCGACCCGGCGGCUAUCACCCAAUUCAACUGAACGAUAAACUCCAAGAACGUUACUCGAUUAUCGAAAAGCUUGAGUACGGAUCAUACUCCACGAUCUGGCUCGCACGAGAUGAAAAGCUGAGCAGAUACGUGGCAGUCAAGAUUGGAAUCGCGGACCAUGGCUCCAAGGAAGCCCAGAUCCUGAAACGACUUUCGGCCUGCCCAACUAAGGACUGGAGUGGCCGUCUCAUCCCCCCUGUUCUCGACCGUUUCGAGCUCACAGGGCCUAACGGGACACAUUCGUGUUUAGUCACCACGCCGGCCAGAUGCAGUCUCCUCGAGGCUCUCAAGGACUACGAUAUGUUCCCGCUCGAUACCGCCAGAUCUCUCGCUGCCCAACUUGUACUAGCAGUUGCUCGUGUACAUAGACUGGGAAUCGUUCAUGGAGAUAUCCACCUCGGCAACCUGCUCCUCCAAUUGCCGGGCGAGGAAAUUGACAAGCUUACCGUCAAAGAGCUCUACGAGAAGUAUGGCGACCCAGAGGCAGAGCCGGUGGUAAGGGCCGACAAGCAACCGAUCACGUCGCUAUCUGUCCCAGCAUAUGUCUAUACGCCAGCUUGGUUCGGGAAAUAUGCAGAAGAGUUUAGUCUCUCUGAGGCUAAGCUUAUGCUCGCCGACUUUGGCACAGCCUUUUCGCCUGCUCACGAGACUCGACUGCAAUCAUUUACGCCUCGUAAGACCCGUCCGCCCGAACCGCGCUUUGAUCCGACGACUCCCUUAUCGUAUGCAUCCGACAUUUGGAGUCUCGGCUGCAUCAUCUGGGAGAUCCUGGGCGUGAGACCAUUCCUCGACAUCUUCCUCCCAGAACUAGACGAUGUCAUGGCAAACCAGAUCGAUGCUCUAGGGCCGUUGCCGGACGAGUGGUGGGAUGCUUGGGACGGGAAGUGGAAGCGUUUCAUCGCCAACGGUCAGCCGACGGAGGGAAGACAGCCCUGGACCUUUGACCAGCGAUUCGAGGAUGCGAUCCAGGGCCCGAGACGACGCAGGAAGGGCGACAUUAUGGACGAGAGGGAGAGCAAGGCGUUCUGCGAAUUGAUCAGGGACAUCUUGAAGUUCAGGCCAGGUGAGAGGCCAACCGCGGAGGAUAUACUCCGCAGCCAGUGGAUGACGGAGUGGGCGAUGCGGGACGCUGAUAAGACCUGGGCGUCAAGAGACUGA